ACAAAAGGAUCUGUGGGGUUGAAGGAGCUGGGUCUGUCCGUCCCUCCUCCUUGUUAGGGAUUACAGGCACAGGCCAGAUAUAUCUCCCCCUUCUGCUGGUGAAGCCAGGAGGGAGAAAGAAAAUAUCAAGAGCUCACCUAGCUAACUUCCAUAGUGCCCAAGGGAAAGUGGAGCUCAGAGAAGCAAGGACUUGCUCAAGAUCAUUGUCUGAGCAGCACACCUUCCCCCUGCAUAUGUCCCUAACAGCCUUUAACCUUCUAAGCAGGGGGAUUCUAAGCACCAAGGAAUCCACACGGCCCUGGACUAUUUGAUCCGGUUGUUCCAAAAACACAGGUAAGAAAGGGGUACCCAUUGCCCAUUGCCAUCAAGUGGAUUCCAACUUGUGCAACCCUACAAGACAGUGUACAACUGCCCAUGGGGUUUCCAAGGCUGUAAUCUUUACGGAAGCAGAUUGCCACAUCUUUCCCCUACAGAGCAGCUGGUGGGUUUGAACUAAAAACCUUUUGGUUAGCAGCCAAGCAUUUAACCACUACAGCACCUGGGAUCCUUAAAAAAGAGGUAGGGGCUAAAAAUCCUUUACAUAACUGAGUCAGAGCCCAGGUGGUGUGCGAAGAUGGCCAGUGAAGGCCAUCCUGCCUAAGUAUGGGUCUUCCAGUUGGCAGGUCCAUGGCUGGCAGGCCUCUGCCUCCCAGACUUCAGGAGGAGGAGAAGACUGCCAAAGACUCUGGGCCAAAACUACCAUCGGUGAGGCCCCUAGGCCGCCUGCCUAGCAUCGAUGAGGCUCGACCCACAGGUCCUGGUCUGGGCCUGGCCUCCCGUCGUGGCUCCAUGGGCCUGGCCACAUCCUUGUCACGCUGCAACUCGCUGGUGGGGCCAGGCGCAGGCCCUGGGGGUCGGCAACCAUCCCUGGGCCCCGUGCCCCCUCUAGGCUCCCGGGUCAGCUUCUCAGGGUUGCCCCUGGUUUCUGUGCACCGGGUGGCACCCUCGUACCGCACAGAACCCUCGCCCGGGGAGCGCUGGCAGGCUGCGCAGGCUCAAAGUGCUCUGGAGGCGGCGCUGGCCGUGGCGCUGCACAACAUGUGCUACUCAGGCUCGGAGGCCGGGCCGCUAGCGCUGGAGCUCUGUGAGCAGGUGCGCCUGCGCCUGCGCGAGUUCAGCCCUCCACGCUACAAGCUAGUGUGCUGCGUCGUGCUGGGGUCGCGCGCCGGCCAGGACGUGCGCGUGGUGAGCCGAGCACUGUGGGACACGGCGUGCGACGGGCUGGCCUCGGCCACCUUUACCAACGCCUCGCUCUUCGCCGUGGCGACGGUCCACGGGCUCUAUUGCGAGUGAGGAGGUCUCCAGUUUCUGCAAA